UUUUCCUAUAAUAUUAUUGCACAGUUCAUGUAAACGUGACGUCACUUUAUAAAAAUAUAUACUCAAUUAUAUCUCUGUGUAUUCACGACAUUUUUAUAUAUCCACUAUUUGUGUAGACAGUUUUAAUAUCCAGUGUUAGUGAGUGUUUUAAAUCCAGUUUUGAUGUAUUUAUAAAUAUCCAACAAAUCAAUAUAAACAACGAGAUGGCUCAACCUCCGCAACAAGGGUUCGUGCCGGAGAAGAUUCAGGAGUUCAACAGGAGAGCCUCUCAGGAGAUGUCAGAGGCCAUCACCCAUCCGAAACUGCGAGCGCAGGAGACUCCUAAGAAGGAGGCUCACCAAAACGGGACUGACAAACCUAACGAAAAGCCUAUGAAAGAUGAGAAGUCCAAAGUGGAGACAGGUUACGCGUCCCGCCAGAACUUGGAUAGCAAGAACCCAUUCUCUCCCAACUUCUACCGGAACAGCCGCCCCCACGGGCACUUCGAGAUGGGGCCGCGCGGGCUCGACUACUCCCCGCACCGCAUGGGCUUGGACUUCUCCAACAGACUGAGAGACUACGGCCCGCAGCGGUCCACCUCCAUCCACGGGCACGAGCUGACCGACGCGCCGAUGAAGCCGGAGUACCUGGGGCACCGCAGCCACUUCGGCAGUCAGAUCGUCCCGGGCGGGAUCAACCACCCGGACGUAGUCUUCCGUCAUGACUACUACAGCCAGAUGGGGUUCUCACCGCCCCGGGCUUCGCGGUUCUCAUCUCAGGAGUACUUGAACGCGCCGACGCAGUACGGGCGCUGGCCUGACUACCGCCAGGAGUACCGCCAGCGGAGACGCUCCCAGCAAGACCUGCACUCGCUCGGACAGAGUCCUGAAUCAGUAACAGCGCUCCGCGAGCACUGGGACGAGGCGAAUGCUCGCGUGCUGCAGCGCAAGGCGCAGCUGGACGCGAUGCUGGGCGACUCGCAGCGGUACGAGGCGCGGCGGCGCGACGCGGACGCCUGGCUAUCGCGCAUGGAGGCGCGCCUCGCCGCCAUGCAGCCGCCGGCCAACACCGCUGAUGUGUUGGAGAUGCAGCUUAGGGAGCAAAAGUCCUUCCACGCUGAAGUGCAUCAAUACAAGCACCAGAUCGAGCUGUUUGGGCAGCUGACACAGCGUCUGAUUGCUGUGUAUCGCAAUGAUGACACUACUCGCAUCAAGCGGUCCACUGAAGCUAUCAACCAUAGAUACAACGAGCUUAAUAACAGUAUUGUCGCCCGCGGCAAGGCGCUGCAUUCAGCGGUAUCGUCGCUGCAGAACUUCGAUCGUUCCUUGGAAAAGUUCGUGGCGUGGCUGAGCGAAGCGGAGUCGUUGCUGGACGCUGCUGAGAGAGACCCUCAUCUGUUAAAGGACCUCCAAUCUGAGAUCGAGACCCACCGCGAUGUGUACGCGUCGCUCACAGGCACGGGGCGCCGCCUGCUCGGCUCCCUAUCCUCGCAGGAGGACGCCGUCAUGCUGCAGAGGAGGCUAGAUGAGAUGAACCAGAGAUGGCAUCAUCUCAAGUCCAAGAGUAUGGCUAUCAGAAACCGUUUGGAGAGCAACGCGGAGCACUGGUCAGCUUUACUGCUGUCGCUUCGAGAACUUACCGAGUGGGUCAUCCGCAAGGAGACGGAACUGAACGCGCUCGCCCCGCCCAAAGGCGACCUGCCCGCCCUGCUGAAACAACAGGAUGACCACCGCGCUUUCAGAAGACAGCUGGAAGACAAGCGUCCAGUCGUCGAGAGCAACCUCCUGAGCGGUCGCCAAUACAUCGCGAAUGAACCACCUCUCUCGGACACGAGCGAUACCGAAGCAGGUCGCGACAACGAAGGUGACUCCCGAGGCUACCGGUCCGCGGAGGAGCAGGCGCGAGAGCUGGCCCGCUCCAUCCGCCGCGAGGUCGCCAAGCUGGCUGACAAGUGGAACACGCUGGUAGACCGCAGCGACGCCUGGGGACGGUGCCUUGAUGACGCUGUGCAGCGCGUCCGCACCUUCACAACAUCACUAGACGAGCUCGCCGGACGGGUCCAGGCGGCUGAGGCCGCUCGUUCGUCCUGGCGCGGUCCGGGUGACGCGAGGGAUGCGCGCGCGCAGCUCGACGCGGUCUCUCGUGCGCGGGCGCAGCUGCCCCCGCUGCGGCGGCUGGCUGACGAGCUGCAUGCGCAAGCGCAACAGCUAGCUAGAGAUAAAAUACAGCUGCCUGAUCACUUGUUGGCUAGGCUUGAUGAUCUGAACACAAGGGUAUCAGGUCUGGUCUCCGGCGGCGAGGAGCGCGUGCGCCAGCUCGCCGGUGUAGCCCGGGAUGGCGGCGCGGGCGCAGCGCAGGGCUUCCUAGCCGGGUCUGUUGAGCCCCCGUGGGAGAGAGCCGUCACUCCCGCCAACGUUCCUUAUUAUAUCAACCAUGAACUGGAGACGACCCACUGGGACCAUCCGAAGAUGAUAGACCUGAUGAACUCGCUGGCCGACCUCAACGAAGUGCGCUUCUCAGCGUACAGGACCGCGCUCAAACUUAGGACCGUGCAGAAAGCGUUGUGCAUGCACAUGCUCCAAUUGCCGGCCGCACUGGAAGCCUUUGACUCGCACGGGUUGCGCGCGCAGAACGACCGCCUCAUCGACAUCCCUGACAUGAUCACUGUUCUUACGUCGUUGUAUGAGGUAAUAGCAGCAGAAAACCCAAGCCUGGUGAACGUCCCUCUCUGCCUGGACCUGUCCAUCAACUGGCUCCUGAACGUGUACGACAGCCAGCGCACCGGACAGAUCCGGGUGUUGAGCUUCAAGGUGGGGCUCGUGCUGCUCUGCAAGGGGCAUCUCGAGGAGAAGUACAGGUAUCUCUUCCGACUGAUAGCUGACCCGACUUGUCGCGCUGACCAAAGAAAACUCGGACUCUUGCUACAUGACUGCAUACAGGUACCAAGACAAUUGGGUGAAGUGGCGGCAUUCGGAGGGUCGAACAUAGAACCCUCAGUGAGGAGCUGCUUCGAGCAAGCUUCUGCUGCUACCAAAGAAGGCAACAAGGGAGGCACUCUCGAUAGGAAAGUUGUUAAUCUUCCAGAGAAGGAGAAGGAGAAAGAAGAACCUCCUAAAGACAAGACCUUGGAGCGCGACGCGGACGGCCAGCUGCAGUACAUCGAGGCGUUCCACUUCCUGCAGUGGCUGCAGAAGGAGCCGCAGUCCAUGGUCUGGCUGCCGGUGCUGCACCGCCUCGCGGCCGCAGAGACUGCGAAACACCAGGCCAAGUGCAACAUCUGCAAGGAGUACCCGAUUAUUGGGUUCAGAUACCGAUGCCUGAAAUGCUUCAACUUCGACAUGUGCCAGAAAUGCUUCUUCAACGGUCGCAAAGCUAAGAACCACAAGCUCACCCAUCCCAUGCAGGAGUACUGCACCGCUACCACAUCUGGCGAGGAUGUCCGUGACUUCACUCGCGCUCUCCGCAACAAGUUCAAGUCUGCUCGCUACUUCAAGAAGCAUCCCAGAGUCGGCUACCUGCCCGUUCAGACUGUACUCGAAGGCGACGCGCUGGAGUCCCCCGCGCCGUCCCCGCAGCACGGCGCGGGCGCGGCGCUGGGCGGGGACGACAUGCACUCGCGCCUCGAGCUGUACGCCACGCGCUUGGCGCAGGUCGAGCUGGGCGCCAAGCCCGGGGACACGCCUGACAGCGAUGAAGAGCAUCAGCUGAUCGCGCAGUACUGUGCGUCCCUGAACGGCGGCGGCGAGGCAGACGACGCGCCGCGCUCGCCCGUGCAGGUCGUGUCCAUCAUACACCGCGAGCAGAGACACGAGCUGGAGGCUAUGAUCAGGGAACUGGAAGAAGAGAACGCUAGCCUGCAGGCUGAAUACGAGCGCCUGAAGGCCAAGCAGACUCCAGGAUCCACUCCUGAGGAGCAACACGGUGUCAACGAGAACAGGAACGCUCCUGUUGACCAGGACAUGAUGGCCGAAGCUCGCCUGCUGCGCCAGCACAAGGGCCGCCUGGAGGCGCGCAUGCAGAUCCUCGAGGAACACAACAGGCAGCUCGAGGCACAGCUGCAGCGGCUGAGAAGACUGCUCGAUGAGCCUGCUCAGGGUUCGCCCCCGGCUCGUACGGGCACACUCCAGACUCGCUCUGUGACUGCUUCACAGCUCGCCACUGACUCGCCGGCUAAGAUGCACAACGGAUUGUAUCAUGAGUCCCAAACCAAUGACCUUGGCCGCGCCGUCGAAGAGUUAGUGUCAGUGAUGACGGAGGACAACCCAAACCAAACAUCGAACUCUCCUCCGCAGUACACCAACGGGAAACCUCCCACCAAAGAGUAGUUCAGCGAGUGGUUCCCAACGCAUGGUGCUGCCGGCCUCGGCCACAACCAUGAGACCUUCGGACUAGCAACACUGUCGAUACCAAGCGAACGCUUCUAUCCUAUGAACAUCGAAGUAUUAUACAAUUUGUACAGUAUUUCUACUAAUUUUCGACUCAUCACUAACAAUACCUGCACAUGCUGUCUCUAUCUUAUACAUGAGCUCUAACAUUCCACAACAUUUCUAAUCGGGUGGGCUUCGGGGAAAGAUACUAAAAGUAGAAGCCUGUAAGGAACCAGCUAUAUAGAACUAACGGUGUUAUUGUCUAGUAUUAGUUCAUUGUAGCGUCGUUUCAAGACGAUAGUCGUAUGCAACGCUUAUUGUAUAAAUAAGGGCACGCCAUUGUUGCAGUACGUAUCGUGAAUGAGUCGCUUUCAUUUCUAACAGUUUGUAGAUUCCUGUAGAUAUCCCUGACAGAAUUUCUACUGUUUUUGUUUUUCCCCUCUAUCACUCCGACAGUGUUGCUAGAACGAAACGAUCCAACGAAAAAGACACUGUAACGAGCAUUUAUACAUAUAUAUUUAACAAAAAUUGUACCAAAUUUGUGGAUACUUGAUAUUUUAAUCGUUUAAGUACAUAUCUUGUUAGUACAAUCUCCAUUAUAUAUCAUAUCACUUCUUGUAUACUUCCAUAUCAUUUUUGCUGUGUAACAUACAAGCGUUAUGUAUUAUAUCACGUGAAACGAACAAGCGACGUGGGCACCGACUAAUCGGUGGUCUAUAUUGUUUACAAGGCAGCUCGGUUGGUUUGACCACAUUUUAUCAUAUCAGCAAGCAUUCUACGUAACCAUAUCCAUCUUUUCUAUGAUUAUACAAGGAACAUACAGAAUUUAUGAAACCACUACAAUAGUAAGAAAACUAUAAAUGUGGUCACACUGAACGCUUAAAGCUGAGAGCUUUAAUAGGAUCACAACUAGCUUUAAUACCACAACUGUGACAUAUUUUGAUAAAUAAUGCAACACAAACGGAUGCAACCUCGAUGUUUAUACCGCAACCACUGGAAGGGCCUAAGUUUUAGUGGAAAUGUAUAUAGAUAUAGAUCGACCUCUCUGAUUUAUGAAAAUGUAUGCCAUACACUGUGGCAGUAGGUAAAGUGGAUUCGUUAACAAUUUUGCGAGUAGUAUUUAGAUGUAGCCAAAAUGAUAUCAAGCAUGUUAUUUAUAUGCAUGUUUGUGUAUGUUAAACAUUUAUCGAGUUAUCAAAAAUGUAUCGUUAGAUGAUGAAAAAUAAUAAUCGAAGUGCUUCUAUGCAGAGUAGACAGUUUCCUUUCCUUCAUAGUUAGGUCUGCGGGAGCCGGGACUGCGGUCCGGCGUGGCCCACAGUCGCGGUCCGCGCCAGAUAGUACUGACGGACUGUAGAAACUCUUCUUAGAAACUAAAUAACAUUGUAUCCAAAACUUUUUCACUAUUACAAAAGGCAUGACACGUUUUUCGAUUAGGCUAUUUUGGGUGCGACGAUUUUUAUGUCGUAUACCGAUAUGUAUCUCGAUAUGUACCGUGUGUCUACUAGUAAGAUGCUGCCUACCUUUUUUAGAUAAGGAUAUAUUGGAGAGACUUUUAUACGAUCGUUAAAUAAUCCUGUUGAAGCUAACUUUAAAUUAAGACAUCGGAUCUAACCAUAUCAUGGUUUAUUUUAUUUUUUUCGUCGCGACAGUACACCGACAUUUUGAAUUACCGGCACUUUUUGACGCUGGCAACAUUCCGGAAUGUCGGCCUACCUAGCGACUGUUACUUAAAUUCUUAUUAAUUUCGCUAAUAUAGUAUAUAAGAAAAAAGCACAAUCUUUAUUAUUAUUUUUAACGAAAAUAGAAAAUAAAAAUUUACACUAAUAUAUUGUUAAUAAUUUUAUUUUUGUUUAUUGCGUAGUACGGUAGUCUUCUGUUUACGAAAUUUAAUUAUUAUUUUAAUAUUGGCAACUUUAUGAAAUGUACUACUUCCGCAUUUAUUUGUAUUUUGCUGUGUUUAAAAUGUUUUUAGAAGUUAAACACAAAUAAACAUUCAACAUAGUA